AUGGUCGUCAGGCCAGUGAAGAAUGAUAAGACUUUCAGCGUCCACACCGAUUGCUUAUUUGACUCGAAGCAGAAAACAUUCAUCAAAGACUCUACAAUAGUUGUUGAUCCUGAUACUGGCCUCAUCGUUGACGUCUACGAACGCAAGCACCCAUUGCCACUCUUGGUCGAAGCUCCGGACAUCGACCUUCGCGGGAAAUGUGUACUGCCAGGUCUGGUCGAUGCACACACGCAUAUCCUUCUCCAUCCAUACUCAGAAACCCCAUCUUUGAAUCAAGAACGUGACGAGAGCAUCAUCGAACGCACAAUCCGAGCUACAAACCAUUGUCGCGCAGCACUACUCGCCGGCUUCACCACCUAUCGCGACCUUGGCACAGAAGCAGCCAGUGACGCAGAUGUCCACAUCCGCAAUGCCAUAAAUCGAGGCAUUAUCCCAGGUCCGCGCAUUCUAUGUGCGACUGAGCCACUAGCAAGCAGCAGCGGGUACGAAGUCCGCAUUGAAAGUCGAAUCAAUGGCGUCGAGACACCACGGCUCUCAGAUGCUUGUGAUGGCGUAAUCGGCGUCCGAGCUGGUGUUCGCAGAAGGCUGGGUGCUGGAGCAGACAUCAUCAAAUUCUAUGCCGAUUAUCGAAAGCGUGCUCUGCGGUUUCCGGAAAGUGCUUGGGCUGGUGAGCCGGAGAUACAGUAUCCGCCGGGCUGGAGGGGGUUGUAUAAUGAUCGAAACCCGAAUUUGCUGCAAUUCGAUCAGGAAGAAGCAAAUGAGAUUGUGCGAGAGGCGAAGGCUUCCAGAGCGCCGGUUGCUGCACAUGCACAGUGCCCUGAGGCUGUGAUUCUCGCUGCUCGGGCUGGUGUUACUUCUGUUGAGCAUGGGUUUGAGCCUUGGAAAGGUACUGAGGCGCUACAGGCUCUGAAGGAGAAUGGAGUCAUUUUUGUACCUACGUUGAGCGUUUUUGGAUAUGGCCUGGCAGACAAGAAGAAAGAGUUCGCCAAAAUUAUGGCGCAGACCAAGACAGCGUUUGAUGCUGGCGUCAAGUUGGCCACUGGCGGGGAUACUGGUGCUGUUGCUCACGGGGGGAACGCCAGAGAGCUGGAGCUUCUUGUUGAGGCUGGUGUACCUCUGGUGGAGGUGCUUGCCGCUGCCACUCUGCAUGGCUGGGAGGCCUGUGGAGCUGAAUGGGCGGGUAGGAGAUUUGGCUGGAUUGGAGUAGGAUUUGCAGCUGACAUUGUCGCUCUGGACGGCGAUGUGAGGAGUGAUCUGGGUGCUUUGAGACGCGUUGGCUUCGUGAUGAAGGAUGGCAGAGUAUGGAAGCGGGAUGGCCAGGCAGUGGGCAUGAUAUGAGCCUGGAAGAGCGAUCAGAUUGUC